UGCGCGUGGUGGUGCUGCCUGGACACGGAUGUAGCCGGAAGAGAUGGUCGUUUAGCACCAAGUCCGUGUUCAGGUGUUCUGUAGCUAACAGCUUUGAGAACAUGAAAUAUUAGCAUUACUGUAGAACGAAUGGAGAGAAUUAGUGCUGGCGUUAGCGACUAAACCGGUGUCUGUUUUAAACUCGGAAGCGAUAGAGUCAGCCUGCUGCUCUCAAGCCCGGAAGUUUUGUGUCGCCAGUUAGCUUUGAGCUUGUUUCACUGGUUCUGCUAAAUGUUUCUCUUUCCAUGUGAUGAGGUGGCAUGCGUGUCAUGUUUGCGUGCCAGCUGUCUCUUCUGUAUUUUGGUGAAAAAAAACAAUAUGAUGAUUGGACAUUAGUCAGUGAUCAUGGCUGGCUUUCCAGCUUCUUGACAGGCCACUUGAUUUUCUGAGAGCAGAGGAGUUGUUGUUGUUGUUCUUCCAGUCCUCUGAUGCUUUCCACGAAUCUGCCUACUGUCUUUAGUUCAGGAGGCUACAGACACAAUGAGUUCCAAAUUCAGCUUAAUCAACUAUAACUCCCGAAAGCACAUCUCCAUCUCGAUACCCUCCUCCACGGAGGCGAUGUCCCCGCACAUCAAAUCCAUAGAGGAGCUCCGAGUGCUAGGGGUGAACCUCAGCAGUUUCAACACUCCCACACAGUUCUUUAUCUGCGUGACUGGAGUAUUUCUCUUUUACCUCAUCUACGGAUACCUUCAGGAGCUGAUUUUCUCAGUAGAGGGCUUUAAACCCUUUGGCUGGUACCUUACCCUGGUCCAGUUUGGGUUCUAUUCCAUGUUUGGCCUCAUAGAGCUGCAGCUUACCCAGGACAAGAGGAGGAGGAUCCCAGGGAAGACAUACAUGAUCAUAGCAUUUCUAACAGUCGGGACCAUGGGCCUCUCCAACACAUCACUGGGAUACUUGAACUACCCGACACAAGUCAUCUUCAAAUGCUGCAAACUCAUUCCAGUUAUGAUUGGAGGAGUUUUCAUACAAGGCAAACGGUACAAUUUUGCAGAUGUGAUGGCUGCUCUGUGCAUGAGUCUCGGCCUCGUUUGGUUUACGCUGGCUGACAGCAAGGUUGCCCCGAACUUCAAUGUGACAGGGGUUAUCCUUAUCUCCCUGGCCCUUUGUGCUGAUGCUGCUAUUGGAAAUGUGCAGGAAAAAGCCAUGAAGCUGCACAAUGGAUCAAACUCAGAAAUGGUGUUGUAUUCCUAUUCUAUUGGGUUUGUGUACAUUCUGCUUGGACUUCUGUGCAUGGGAGGGCUGGGACCUGCUGUGGCCUUCUGUGCUCAGCAUCCAGUGAUCACAUAUGGCUACGCGUUCUUCUUUUCUUUGACGGGUUACUUUGGCAUCUCCUUUGUUCUGGCUUUGAUAAAACUUUUUGGAGCUCUGGUUGCAGUCACAGUGACCACAGGUAGAAAGGCCAUGACGAUUGUCUUGUCUUUUUUGUUCUUCUCAAAGCCUUUCACGUUUCAGUAUGUGUGGGGAGGCCUACUGGUGGUCUUUGGGAUCUUCCUUAAUGUAUACAGCAAAAACAAGGAAAAAAUAACGUUUCCUCCACUGGCAGAGUUAUGGAAACGAGUGCUCAGCAGCAGGAAAGGCCGACUGCUCUCUCAGACCGUGUGAAUUACCAGCCUCUCCCCAAACUUCGUGGGCAGUCACACCAGUGUUAUGGGAACAGUCAGACUCUCUCACAUUUAACAAGCUGGCAUAGUUGGCCAGAUUUUUGCACUGGACUGAAUUCUAAGCUGACCAGAGAAGACUCAAACUGUGAGCAGCAGACUUGUUACUAAUCAUGUGCAAACUGGACUUUGAUGGGAAGGAAUCAUUAUCUGUUUUUCACCUGCAUGUGCCACUAACUGAUGGCAACUUUUCAUGCAAAAGUCAGUCAUUUCUGUUCUUUUUUUUAAUCUGUCUGUCUGUGAUUGGACAAGGGAAAUGGAAGUAACACUACUGUUUCUUUAAAAGGCUCAUGUUUGGGAGUGUAUGAGUAUGUCAACUGCCAUAUUUGCUAUCCAUUUGUUUGGUGAAAGGGUAGCUCUUUUUACAUUAAAAACAAACAGAGAAGUUUAUUCAAGCAGUUUGAAGCAUUUUCCUAAAUGUGUGUAGCUUGCCAGGCAUCUCUUAUCCGUCGGCUGCAGCUCAGAGAGUUGAAAGACUGCCAAGCAGCUUCUCAGAUGUUUACCCCUCCAAUAGCCCAGGGCUUGUUUGAUUAGGAGUCCUGGAAUAAGAUAGCACUUAAAAGAAAACCAACAUUGUUCAUAGGGUUUGGCUUUAGACCUAAUUUAGAUGUGUGUGUGUGUGUGUGUGUGUGUGUGU